AUGAAAUUUAUGGGCUUUGUCAGUCAGGAUACACAAAAUAAAAACCUCAAAAAUGCUGCUGUAGCAAUUGGUUUAAAAUCGUAUCAUGGGAGUUUAUCAUUAAGCCUAAGGACGCUCAAAAUACAAACCAAAGUUACGGGGAUCAAACAAAAAAAGGGUCAAAUUUGCAUUAUUCAUCUCACCGGAACCUGA